GGCUCACUGAUGCUUCUCACUCUACCAGCUAGCAUCAGCUACGCCUACGGGCAAGCUGCUGUUGGCAUUUACGAGCUUGCCUUUUUACAACAAAAAAUGCAUUUGUACUUUGAAUACGGAAUUUGCGAACUUUAAAGCUGGUCUGCAAAUAUCCAGUGACUUCCCCUAUCCAAGCGAAAAGCUCGACAUAUCGACAUAUCUAAGUGGUGUGUGAGCAUGGAUCCGACCUGCAGUGCCUCUGUGGCUCCAGCUGGUCUGACAGUGCAGGUGUGUUUCCCCGGGGCCCGGGCUGCUGUUCUGGACAAUCUGAACCGGCAGAGGGAAGAGGGCCGGCUGUGUGACCUCUCCAUCCAGGUGCAGGGACAAGUGUUCAGAGCCCACCGCUGUGUGCUUGCUGCCUCCUCGCCUUACUUUCAUGACCAGGUGUUGCUGAAGAAUGUCACCAUGGUCUCCCUCCCCUCAGUGAUGGACCCGGUGGCUUUCGAGAGCGUCCUGAGCUCUGCCUACACGGGCCAGCUGAGCAUCGUGCACGACGACAUAGUAAACUACGUCACUGUGGCCAGUUUCCUACAGAUGUGGCACAUUGUGGACAAAUGCACAGAGAUCUUGAAGAGACCCCGUCCCUCAGUGGAAGCCCCCUCUGGAGAGCCCGCUGUGGCUCACCCCGGCACUGCAUCUCGCCAGCAGUCCCCCAGCAGCACCGACUGCUUAUAUCUGGAGAGGGAGGAGAGAAAGAAGGAGAGAAAGCCUGAUGCCUUGCCUCCUUUGGCCACAUGGAGACGCCCACAGCAGUUUCCUAGAUGGGGGAGACUGCGGCCUUCCUCAGCCCAGCACUUAGCCGACUCUCAGCUGGACACUCUGCCCAGCUACGCAGAGAGUGAUUACACCAGCUGUGAGGAGGCAUGGGUAACAGGUCAUGCCAAAACCAGCCACUUUGCUCAUGACGGAGCGGGCCACAAUAGCCGGUGUUAUGGGGGGUUCCCCGGUGGUGAAGCAUUGAAGCAGAAAAUCAGGUUUCAACAGCGGGGAGCACUGCCCAGCGCUGAGAGACUGCCUGAUAAGAUUAGAGAGAGCGCAGACUAUGAUGAGACACCAGAGAAGAAGAGGAAGGAGAGAAGAGAGAUUGAGGCAGAUGAGGGACUUGGAGAAGUUGAGGUGGAGAAGAAGGGAAGCUUUCCACAAAUGGGACACUGUGACUUCCACCCAAUGUCAAAUGAGAAUUUAGGCUCUGGACAAGCUGCGGUAAAAGUGAUUUGUGAGGAGGCCAAGGGGAAAGUUCAGAGAAAUGUUCCCAGUGUUCAUGAGUGCCAAACAGGUGAAGCAGUUCCGGGCACUUCCUGUCCAGCUUCAGCUCGGCUGCAGUGGCAGACGGCGCCUUGGUCCCAACCAGAGCAGAGGCCACAGGAGGGGGAGGGCUGUAGUAAAGAUGAGGAAGACGUGGACUUUGAAUGCUUCACAGAAGGGGCUUUCAGCAAGGACACAUACGAUGAGAUUGAAGACGGCACGGGACAGGUUUCCCAGAGGCCUCUAGUGCCUGUGUCUCCUGACUUCACCACGGCAGGGGCAGAGGUGAACUGGCCCUCCACCAGCGCAGGACAGGGCAGCUCAUUGACUCCUACUUCAAGUCGCCAUGUGUCUCCACCCUCUGCCGCAUUUCCGCCACCCUCCUCACCCCCGACCCCAUCUUCAUCCUCCUCAGUGUCGCACGCUGGCGCCCCCUACACGGGCAAAGUCCAUUUCUGUCACUGCGGCAAAGCCUACACCCUGAAGAGCAUGCGCGACCGCCACGUCAAGAUGCAGCACCUCAACCUACGGCCCUUCGGAUGUCCUGUUUGCACAAAGUCCUUCAAGAUGAAGCACCAUCUAACCAAGCACCUUAAAACGCACGGGGGGCUGCGGCCCUAUGAGUGCGGCCUGUGUGGGAAGAAAGUCAUCUGGAGGGACAGCUUCCUCCGGCAUCAGGCCCGAUGCGAGAGACUGGCCUCCAGCUCGUCGGCUAACGGAAACAACGCUAGCACAGCCGCAGACGUUAUAGCCGACAGCUACAGUUACGCUUUUGAAGACGGGGGGGCUUUUCUUGCAGCGGGAGGACAGGUGAAAGUGGAGGAGGCGGAUUUUCACGGGGAGAUGGAGGACGGGAUGCAUGGCCUGUUGGGUAGCGUGUCGGGGAUUGUGGAUGAGUUAAGAACUCAGUCGCAAAAUUUGGACACAGGUAGUCAUGUUUUUAAAGAGGAGGCGAGUGAGAGCUUUGGCGGGAACUAGAAAACGUAAAUGUGAAACUGUUAAUAAAUUCAAGAAAGUUAUAUGGAGUCACAAAGGCUACGGACGCCCUAAACGGCCAUGAUUUUAAAUAUUUAAAUUUCUCAGUUUUCCCAUAAUAGCAAAAUAAAGUUGUUGUUUUUUGUAUCCUAAAAAACUUAAUUUUGCUUUACGGAGACAAUUUUAUCUAGAUCUCAAGAAUAUUUUUUGAUAAUGACACGUGUGAUAUUGAAAAAGAAAUGAAAUUCACUUUUGGGGAAAUGGAAUAAAGUAAACUAUGGCUGUUAUCUUGGGAACACAACAAUUGAUAUUCCGACAAGAUCACAUAAAGAAGUUGUAUUCUCCUGAAAUCAAAUCAAAUGUUUGAACCAUGGCCUUCUAGGGCUUUUGUACUUUGUAGCAGCUCCUUUUUUUUCAUCCUUUUAUCUACCUUCUUUCUGUGUCAUGUAUAUUUUGAAAAAAAAGGAAAAAUCUUUAUCGGAGUAACAGCUUUUAAAGCACAUGCAAUGUUGCCUUUUUUUUCACGACUGUUGUCCGUGCACAUCUGUGUUGUGAAUGUACUGCGAGAGCCCAAUUUAAAAUCAUUUGCGUUUUGCACAUAAAUUAUUUUUAUUUGUUAUUUGCCAUUGAUAAACAAAAUAAAAGCAAGGGUAUACAAAUGUUUUCUGUGCCAUAUUGAUGUCUAUUCUCUCUUAUAAAUCUUGAGUUAUAUGGUAAUUAAACUUUGGAUUUUUUUCAAUGACAA